AUGAUCACAAUUAUCCUCAAACACCCAGCUCUUGCCAUUCGUUUUCCACCCAGUCUCGAUGUCAUUGAAGAAGAAACUCGCCUCACAACAAACAUCUUGCAAAAUAUGCAUUUGUUCCAUCUAGAUUAUGAAACACACACCGUUUAUUGGGCUGUUGAUAGUCGUGAUUACCUCAGUAUUGAUCAUCAAAAUGCUCAACUUCUUAGAUUGUCCAAUCUCGUACACAACACUGUUUGGCGCCUUAGUUCCAAUUUAGGUGUCCCGAUGCCCAAGCCUGAUUCUGAUUCUGAUGAGGAUGAACCCAUUCCUGAUGCAACCAUACCUGAUGCUGCAACGCCAGAGCAGCAAGAGCCUGUCACGCAUCCCUAUCAUGACAUGUAUAUGCAAGAAUUUCGUAGGUUGCAUGAAUACAAUAGGCGUUUGGAUCGUGAUUAUUCUGAACUUUAUGACAGUGUUUAUGAUAUAAAUACUAAUAUGGUGGAGUUUAGAGACGAGUUCUAUACCUUUAGAGACAAUCAACAAGCACGCAGCCAACAUGUGGAUUCCCUUGUGACUGACAUGCAUAGGGUACUUUGUUUAGGUGGUCAACCCACACGACCACCUUAUUACCCUCAAUAUCCACAUUACCCUCCACCGUACAAUCCACAACUUCCACAUCAAUAUCCUCCGCCAUUUCCACCUGAAUAUCCUCCUUAG